AUCGGCAGUUAAUAUAACCGUUCGGGAAGUCAUGUCUCAUACGGCGGGUCUUCGGAUGAGUGUAUUUCCCGACGAUUUUGACAAAUAUUUGAUAAGACGUGCGGAUAAUGUGAGCCAAACCAUCAAACCAUUCAAAGAUAUAGACUUAUUGUCCAAACCGGGCACUGCUUUUAAUUACUCCAACUAUGGCUACCAAAUGGUUGGCGCUUUCAUUGAGUCCAUACUUAAUAACACAUAUGAGAAUGAAAUGAAGAAAAUGUUUACACAAUUAAACAUGAAUUCAACAUUUGCUGAGAGACGUGAAGCCAUUUACAAACACAGACCACAAUACUAUCAAUUAUCAAACCUAAUAUCCGGGACAUUACAAAAGUGUCAUAUAAUCGAUGAAUUGGUUUCAUACGAGGGCUGGUGGCCCGCAGGGGGUAUCAUAUCCACCGCUGAAGAUAUGAUAAAAUUCGGGAACGUUAUGAUAGCCGCAUAUAAAGGAAUCCUACCAUUAGAUUUUAUAUCUCAACAAACAGUGAAAGAGUUGUGGAGACCGGAGACUAUUGGCAUUCAAUUGCCCAAAGAAAUGGGUGAUAAUGACUACGGCAAAGCCUGGUUCAUACAAAGAAAUCCGAGUCCAUUUAAGGAAGUCAUAUGGCAUCCGGGUGGCAUUACCGGCACCACUACCAUGCUCAGUCUAUUCCCUGGUGAAAAUAUGGUUGGCGUUGCAUUUGUUAACAGAGGCGCAGUGGAAGGCGAAAAGCUUGUGCUGGAUGUCGCCAAAAUGUUUAAGCAAUUCACAUAAUUUCAAUUAAAUACUUUAUUUCAAAUAUAUUUGUUUAAUUUUGAAUAAUAAUCUUAUAAAACUUUAUUUAUAAUUUAUAACAGUUGGCCUAUAAUUAUUGUUUAAAUGAAUUUGACUU